AUGCCAGGACACGCAGGAAGCCCGUACUGGGCCGCUGUAGAUUUUGACAGUGAAGGUGAUGAUGACCAGAUGCAGCAAUCUCAUAGAGUCUAUCACGAUCCUUGGGACAACGAUGCCUUCGGAAUGAUACAUGGAGAAACACCAGAUUCGAGUCAAGGCGAAAAUUUGAAUUCAUUUGCUGGUGAACCUGUUAGCGCCAGUUUUUAUUACGUACCCACUAAGAACUAUGACUCCAGUGAAGAUCAACUCAAUCGCUCAACGCCAAUCAAAAGAAUUGUACCACCUGAAGAUGUUACAGAAUACUCAAUUUAUGGAAGAAAAUCAUCUAAGGUUGUUAUACCGGAAUUUUCCGAUAUGCCUGUUUACAACACUAGACCCAUCUCGGAUCGAAGACGUUCUCUAUACAUUGAAGAGCCCUUGUAUGCUCCCCAUCCAAUGGUGUACGAAACACCUUAUGCAUAUCUACCACAACCUGGUUACAUGCCGGUACAUAGGUCACGCAUGUCCUUAAUUCAUCAGCAGAACUUCGCAAUGUCUAACCUCGGCCAUGGCGAACACAGAAGACCAUCCAGGAUGGCAGACGCCUACGAGCAAAGCGCGUACGAAAGCUUGUCACCAGAGUACGAAGAUUGGGCCCGGCCGUUUCCUAAAACGGCUCCAGACAACUUCCAUCUUUCGAAAUACGGCCACCUGCAGAUCGACUAUUCCUGUAGUUGGAAUUCACUCGAUAGAAUUAUUCGUAACCAGUGA